GGCGAUGAGGCAGGAGAUGAGCCUGGACUCCCUGCAGUGGUCUUACCUGAAGGACGUUCACCGCGCCGCUGUGGCCGAGCUGUGCAGCGAUGGGGAGGUGCAGCUCUCGGAGCAUCGCGCUGGCGACUGCACCGUGCUCACGCUGCAGGCAGAGGGUAGGGAGAAGCUUUUCCAGGCCAAAUGGAAAGUGGAAGCUCUGGUGAGGAAGUGUCCUGACCUCGUGUGCCAGAGUAUGAGCUACUCAGAGCUCGCUGUGGAUGGCCCGGAUGACAGCGCCCUCAGUGAACUAUGCAGCCUCUUGCGAGGAAACUCCUUCCAGGUUGGGUUCAGCAAAGACAAGUACAACCUGUACCUUGCCUGCCCCAAGGAGAUGCUGCCAGGAGUGACUGAGGCCUUUCAAGUGUUUUCUUCCAGAAGGCAACCUGCCCUGAAGUCUCCAGGAGCAGAGAGUACAGGCUGUCCUAGUGCUGUCCAGCCAAGCAGGAGCCAGGACACGCUGCUGGGUGCAGCCCUUCCUGGUAGCCUCGAGUCCCUACAGAUGGACCUGCAGGACCUGACCAUUAGUGCUACAGCAGAGCUUGCAGAUGUUAACCCGGCUGAGAGGUCCCCAAGCCUCUGGGGGCUCCAGCACACACUGGGGCAGGAGGAUGCCAAUGACUGUGCUGAUUCUGGGGCUGAGCAAGAGGGAGGCGACCUGAGCCCUGCUGUGGUGGAUAACUCCAGUCCCACCGGUCUGAGCGAGCCCCAGGAGCAGCUGAAGACCAAACUGCCUGUGGGGGAGCCGGACCCGGCACGGCUGAGGCAGAUUUUGCCGGACAGGUUCCAGUUUGCAAGAGCCAAGAGCAGAGGAAGCCACGGUGAGGCGAUGGGAUGGCUGCGCUCCCCAGUGCCUGCAGUGGAUGGGGCUCCUCACUCCCUGCCCGCCCGCCUGUGCAGGCCCAUGGAGGCUGCAGCCCUGGCCCCAGACAGGGCUCUGCUCCCUGCAGGCAGGAGCAGUGCUCAGGAGGGGCAGGGGAGAGGCCCCAGCCCGGGGCAGGAAAGCAGCAGGAUGGCUCCGGGCCGCUGCGAUGCCUGCCAUGGCGCAGCCGUGACCUGCGCGGCGCGCUGCGGGCACUGGCUGUGCAGGACGUGCUUCGCAGGGGACAGCCCGCAGCCGCCCUGCUGCAGCGUCUCCACGCUUACCCCGGGCUGCAGCAUCCCGGGGAAGUUCCAGAUCUCCUCCUUGUCUCAGAGUCUGCCGGGCUACUACCGAGACCCAACGCUCCAGGUUGUCUACAUCAUCCCUGACGGUGUGCAAGGGGUUGGUGACCCCCACCCAGGCCAGCCUUACAAAGGGGGGCAUUUCUGUGCCUUCCUGCCGGACAACAGGGAGGGGCAGAAGACAGCAGUGCUUCUGAAGAAGGCAUUUGACUGUGGGCUGACGUUUCACAUCAAGUCCUGCAAUGGCGAGGAAAGAGUGACAUGGGGCCUUAUCCCCCACAAAACCUCCUGGGAUGGAGGCAAAGCCAGGAAUGGUUAUCCGGAUGCCCUGUAUCUCCGGGAGGUUUGCACUGUACUGAAGAAACUGGGCAUUGCAUGAGCCUCCCUGUGCAGCAGCCACAGCUCCCACCAUGCUUCACCUUCCUCUCCAGCUGAAACAAGUGCAGCUUAACACAGGCAGCUCAAGAGAGAGCUCAUGUUUGUCCUCCUGCGGCCCCA